AUGGCUGCACUCUCGACGCUCCUACCGCCAAAGCGCUCCGUCAAGCAGAUCAUUUCCGAGCUCACGACCACCUACCUGCGCCACCGCACCAAGAUCUCCCGCGCAGUGUACCUGACGCUCGUCCUCGCCCUCAUCCACCGCGUGCACAAUGCCAUCGCCGAGCAGAAAGCCGCGCUGCGCCGCCAGCAUGAGAUCCGUGCCCGACAGUCAGUCACGAGCGCAGGGGACCCGGUCAAGGAGCAGAAAAGCAAACGUGUGGAGAUCAAUCGCGAGUUCUUUCGCAAUCUCGCGCGCCUGUUGAGGAUAGUGAUUCCGAGCUGGCGGAGCAAGGAGCUGCGCCUGUUGCUCAGUCACAGCGUCUUUCUGGUCCUGCGGACGCUGCUGUCUCUCUACGUGGCUGAGCUUGAUGGGCGUGUAGUCGGAGCGUUGGUCAAGGGCAAGGGUCGGGAGUUUGUGCUGGGGCUGGUGUGGUGGAUGGGUGUGGCCGUGCCUGCGACCUUUUGCAACAGCAUGCUGCAGUAUCACCAGACGAAGCUAGCGCUCGGAUACCGAACGAGGCUUACGAAGCAUGUGCAUCAGAAAUACCUGGAUAACAUGACGUUCUAUGCGAUUUCUGCGCUGGACGAUCGGAUCAAGAAUGCGGAUCAGCUGGUGACGGUGGAUAUCUCAAAGUUCAGCAAUAGUCUUGCCGAGCUGUACUCGAAUUUGGCAAAGCCGACGCUCGACAUGGUCAUCUACAACUAUUCCCUGUCCAAAUCGGUGGGCGGCGAGGGUUUGUUCACCAUGGCGUUACUGGUUCAGGUGUCCGCCAAUGUCAUGCGGGCUUUGACGCCACCGUUCGGCAAAUACGUUGCGGAUGAGGCGAGGCUAGAGGGAGAGUUUCGAUUUCAGCACACGCGACUCAUCGACUACAGUGAGGAAAUUGCUCUGUAUGGUGGGCACGAGGCGGAGAAGGAUGGUCUUGACAAGGGCUACUUCACGCUCAUCAAGCAUGUCAACCGCAUUCUACGGAGGCGAUUCUACCAUGGUUUCAUGGAAGACUUUGUCAUAAAAUACUUUUGGGGCGCCCUGGGGCUGAUCCUCUGCUCCGUCCCUGUCUUCUUCAAAAUUCCGGGACAGGAUGUGUUGAAGACGGCUGGCGAUCAUACUGAAUCUUUCGUCACCAAUAGACGCAUAUUACUUUCGAGCUCAGAUGCAUUCGGGCGCAUCAUGUUCAGCUAUAAGGAGAUCACCGAGCUUGCAGGAUACACCUCACGAGUAGCCGGUCUGCUCGAUGUUAUGGAUGACGUGGCAGCCGGUAACUUUGAGAAGAAACUGGUCUCGUCAGCGAGCAUCGAAGAGAAUGCCGUAGUCCUGAGGGGCCGCGGUCAAGUUCAAGAGAGCGACGACAUCGAGUUCUCUGAGGUGCCCAUCGUUUCACCAAAUGGUGAUGUUCUGGUGAAGAAACUCUCAUUUAAGAUCGCUCCAGGAGAGCAUCUACUUAUCAUCGGUCCCAAUGGCUGCGGCAAAUCCUCGCUGUUCCGCAUUUUGGGUGGAUUAUGGCCCGUCUACGGCGGCAGCGUUAGGAAACCAAGCUUCGAUGACAUCUUCUACAUCCCCCAACGACCAUACCUAUCUCGCGGCACGCUUCGUGAUCAGAUCAUCUACCCCGAAUCACUAUAUGAAUUCCGAGCGAAGAACAAAUCCGACUCAGAACUGCUUGAAAUCCUCAAGAUCCUCGAAAUCGACUCCGUUGUCCAGCGGCCAAACGGCUGGGACAGCGUGGAGGAGUGGCGAGAUGUCUUCUCGGGCGGUCUGCAGCAGCGCAUCGCAAUGGCGCGGCUGUUCUACCAUAAGCCGAGAUAUGCGAUCCUCGACGAGUGCACCAGCUCCGUGACGCUCGAGAUGGAGCGCAAAAUGUACGAGACGGCCAAGAGCCUCGGCACGACCUUGAUGACGGUCAGCCAUCGACGGAGUCUGUGGAAGUACCACAGCAAGAUUUUGCAGUUUGAUGGCCAGGGGGGAUACUUCUUUGGGGAGCUGGACGCGGAGAAGCGGAUCGAGCUUGAGGACGAGAAGGAGGAGCUGGAGGCCAAGCUGAGGAAUGUGGAGGCUUGGGAGGCGAGAGUUAAGGAGCUCGAAGGGUGA